GUUUGUUUGAAGGGCUGAAGUGAAACGUUAGGGGAAGAAGCGUUCGUAUUCAGUCGCUCGUUUCCAGACUUUCAUUUCCCGUCCUAUCCCUCGUUCCUCAAUCAACUGCAGGUUGUUAACGUGCAGCUCUGUCUUCUGCGGAUUGAGGGCUGAAGUGAAACGUGCAGCUCUGUCUUCUGCGGAUUGAGCCGUUUGACCACUUCUCCCUGAAAAUAUCCGAGAAUGCUUAAGCAAGAAUUCCCACACCCUAUUUGUACCUUAUUCCUAAGGGUAAUACAAGGUUGGAAAGUUGAUUGGGAGGAGUGAAUCGUUUCUCAUCAGAAGCAGUUUUAAGAAUCAAAUCCAAACACCCUAUACAAACCAAACAAAAUCCCCCCCUUAUCUUAUAUGCGACAGUGCGACUCUACUGCAAUUACAAUAUCAAAGCAAUUUGUCGUCCGAUGAAGAUGUGCGGCGGAACACUUCCCGGCCUUUUACCCGCCGCCAUCAUUCCCAGCACUCCUUUUUGCCGCUUCAAAACUGAAUUCAGAUGCUACGCUACCGAUCAUGUAUCUUUCAUCAAAGAUGUAGCGGCAACUCAACCUCCAAACAAUUUGAAUGGUCUGCUGAAGAUGCUUCAAAUGCGAGGCGAGCAGUUAGUUUCUCCUGGUAGUAAGAAAGGAUUGCUUCCUCUAGUUAUUCCUCUAUCCAAACAGAGCUCAGGUGCUGUAACAGCAUUACUGCGAUGGCCUACUGCUCCACCUGGGAUGGAGAUGCCAGUGGUGGAGGUUUCGAAGUAUGGGGUUUGGCUUUUAGCUAAGAAUGUAGAUCAAUAUAUUCACAGAAUCUUGGUGGAAGAAGAUGCAAGUUCUCAUGAUAACAGUGAUGCCUUUUUUCACGCUUCUGCUGGUGCCGGAGAGAAACUUUAUCAAAGGGGUGAUUUCGCUGCAUCUCAAAUUCCAAGCAUAGAUAUCUACCUUUGGAAGAAGGUUGGGUUAUUUCCGGAUGUAAUAGAGCGCAAAAUUAAGCAGCAUUUUGAUAAGGGGGAUAAUAUUUCAGCUCUGGUGACUGGUGAGUUCUAUACAAGGAAAGAGCAUUUUCCUGGGUUCGGCAGGCCUUUUGUUUUUAAUGCAGAGAUUUUGUUAAAGGUUGGCCGUAGUGUGGAAGCAAAAGACGCUGCUAGGGGUGCUUUAAAAUUACCAUGGUGGACGUUGGGGUGUGAAUAUGAGAAAGUGGCAAAUAUGGCUGAAUGGGAAGAUGAACAAAUUGAAUAUAUCAAAGAGAGAGUGACUGAAGAGGGUAGAGAGCAAGAUCUGAAGAAAGGAAAAGAUGCUGCUCAGAUUGCACUGGAUGAAGCUGCAUUCGUGCUGGAUUUAGCUUCCGUGGAUGGGAAUUGGGAUGAUUGGCUCGAGCAGAUUGCUAAAUGUUACAAGGAGGCUGGGCUUCAUGAAAUUGCCAAUUUUGUUGUUUACCGGGAAUGAAUUGCUAAUUUUGUAGUAGUAAUUUACAGGAACAGUGUCAUCGUUAUGCGGAAAACAACCUGCUUAUUAUCUUAUUGUUUCGGUAACGUAUCCUCCACUUUUAUUUUAAUUCAAAUUGAUAACGUAUCCUCCGCUUGUAUUUUAAUUCAAAUUGUUUCACUUAUUUUAACUUGGUUUGGCCCCAUUUUUUAUGGGACAUUGCUAUUUGUAUAUCACUUAGCAUAGUCAAUGAAAUGCACUUGGCAUAUUUUUUUUUU